UUAGGAAGUAACUCACGAGCUCAAAAUCUCCAUAUCUCUCUCUCUCUCUAGAAGCGUCUUCAACCUCUGUUUCCCAUUCAUUUUCUCCCUCUUCUGUGUUUUUUCUUUGCUCUUUGUGCAUGGCAGUGAGGUUGUUGGAUCAUCACCUCUCUGACAUAUGCCUUGGAAAGCCUGCGUUAAGCUCCAUUUCUCUUUCCGCCACACUCGCCGACGCUCUCUCUGCACUCAACAAGCUCGGUGAAACCUUCAUCAGCGUCUGGAAUUGCCCCCAUUUCUCCAAAUCCGCCUCCCACGGCGACUGCCGAUGUAUCGGCAAGAUUUCCGUUCUUGAUGUUAUCUUGUUCCUAUGUAAGGAAGAGAACCUCUCCCAACCUGCCGUCGCGCUUCAAUCUUUUGUUUCGGUUCUCAUUCCACAGGUUCCAGUUCUCGUUAGACAUUUAGAGCCUCAUGCUAGUUUGGUGGAAGCCAUAGAUCUCCUCCUUGAAGGUGCGCAAAAUCUCGUUGUCCCAAUUCAAACUAGAACCUCUGUAAAAUCCAGAGAGAAGGUUCUCGAGGAAGCUGCUACCGUCGACUGUCCGCUUUACAAUGACCAUGGAUAUUGCUGGCUCACCCAAGAGGACAUAAUACGUUACCUCUUCAACUCUAUUACGCUUUUCAGUCCCACCUCCAUCACUCCCAUUAAUUCCCUCAACGCCGUCGACACAGCCAACAUCCUUGCUGUACACUACGACGACCCUGCACUUUCUGCCCUGCCCCUCCUUUCUCAAGCCAUCAUCCACCAAUCCUCCGUUGCAAUUGUUGACUCAGAUGGGAAGUUGAUCGGAGAAAUCUCACCCCUCACAUUGAAUUCUUGCCAUGAAACCAUAACGGCUGCGAUUGUAACACUCUCGGCAGGUGAACUAAUGGCGUAUAUGGACUGUGGUGACCCGCCAGAGGAUUUGGUUCAGUUGAUCAAAGACAGAUUGGAAGAGAGAAACUUAGGGGCACUAUUGGAGUGGGUAGAAGAAGAGUCAGCAAUGUCAUCAUGUUCUUCAUUUUACUCAUCUUCUUCAGAUGAUGAUUCUGGCUUUAGCUGGGGAAGGAGUGGAAAGUUAUGGAAGUGUUCAACCAGGCAAGUGAGGAGCUCAGAGGCUGCUGUGUGCAGUCCCCGGAGUUCAUUGGUGGCAGUGAUGAUUCAAGCUCUUGCUCGUCGUGUUCCAUAUAUGUGGGUGAUCGAAGAAGAUGGAAACUUGGUUGGCAUUAUCACGUUUGCAUCGAUGUUGAAGGUUUUCCGAGAGCGUUUGAAAUCAAUGUGUUAAAAGGAUAUCAGCAAGAGCUUUGUUUGCCUAAUCUAAAGCUGAAACUGUAUUAAUAGCGUCUACCUAGUACCAUAGGAUGUGCUUUGAACUCAAUUUCGUUAUUUUGCUCACUUUAUUUUGAAGUAUAAUGUAAAUCUGUAACCAGUAGAGACUUAUCUCUUUCUGCAACUUCAAUAACCGUAGAUUUUUGCAGCUUUCUAAUUAAAUAAACUUCUUUUCCUUUUUAA